AUGGCAUCAAGUGAAGACAGCGACUAUUACAAGCUCCUCGGCGUGAGCCGCGGUGCCACGCUCGAGGAAAUCCGCAAAGUGUACCGGCGGCUCGCCCUCCUCCACCACCCGGACAAGAACCCGGGCAGCGUGCGGGAGGCGACGGCAAAGUUCCAGCGUAUCCAGGCCGCCGUGGAGACGCUCUGCGACCACAGGAAGAGGGUCGUGUACGACAGAGAGUUACGCCAGCGAGAGAGCAAGAGGAAGAGGGGCGAGAGCUGCAGGCAGAGGGAACACAAGAGGAAGAGGGAAGAAGGGCGUCAAGAGGAGACCCAUCACCGAGAACAGCGGAAGGACAAGUGGAGAAGGAAGCAGGGAGAAGAGAGGCGGAAGAGGCAUCAGAGAAGGCGGCGACGGCAAGGAACAAGCUACCGAAGUGACGAUGACGACGAAGACAUGCAAGAUGAAGUUCCUGAGGAAGAGAGCAACGAGGAAAACGAAUGCACGGAAGAGAGUUCUGACGAGGAAGAGGAACGCGUGUACCGGGCGUAUGAACACGACUCAGAUUACGAGGCUAAGAAGGAUGAAGGCUCCGGUUCCUGCAGCGACUACGAGUCCGAGGAAUCGUCUGAGAUGGAGACUCCAUCUGAGGAAGAGUCUGAGCCAGAGUCUUUCCACCAGCAAGACUCCGACUACGACCCCGAGUCCGAGGCGACGAGUGACUCUUCCAGCGACGAAGAGUCAGACGUUGAGGCCGAGAGCGAAUCCUCCUCCGAAGACGACGACGAGGAGGAGGAGGAGGAGGAGGAGGAGGAGGAGGAGGGGGAAGAGUGGACAGAACAUGAAAAGGAGAAAGAGUCUGAAAAGGAAGAUCAUGAUGAAGAUCGGCCCGAGAAGAGGCAUAACAAAAGAAAGAAAGAGGAUGAGGAUGAAGAAGAGUUUAGACAACGUGAAAAGAAAAUGAGGAGAGACAAGGAAGAGUCCGAAGACGAAAGGAAUGAUGAGGAAGAGCGGCACGAAAAGAGACUUGAGAAAAGGAAGAGACAAGACGAAGAUGAAGAAGAGUUUAAACAACGUGAAAAGAAAAUGAAAGAUGAUGAUGAAGAUUUCGAAUACAAAGAGAAGGAAGAAGAAUCAGAAGAGAAAGAGAAGGAUAAAGAAUCAGAAAACAAAGCGAAGGAUGAAGAAUGGGAAGACAAAGAGAAGGAUGAAGAAUGA